GUGACCAUCCCAAGCAGUAUCGCUGCAGAAGACUGUUAAUAGAACGAUCCGGUUGAAAGACGCGCUUCAGGAGUCAGAAUGGGUAAUGUACUGAACAAACUGGGCAGUGUGUCGCAAUCGGUGCGCGGUCGCAAGCGAAAGCGCCAAGACGAGUACGCUGACGACAGUGCCAGUAUAAGCGAAAUGCUGGAUCAAUCCCUGCAAACACCAAAACGGAAAAAGCUAGCCUCGACGGCCAAAUACAUUUACCAGGCACUGUUCAAGGAGGAACGCAACUCGGAUAUUACGGUGCACGCUUUGGGCAAGCAGUGGCACCUCCACAAGGUGUACCUGAGCCAAAGUCAGUACUUUGCCAGCAUGUUUAACGGGUCGUGGCGCGAAGCCGACGAUGACUACGUGCAUAUCGAGAUUAUUGAUCCGAAGAUCACGAUCGAAUCAUUGUAUGCAGUGUUCGGAUCGUUGUACAUGGACGAGGUCGUACUGGAACCGAAGGCGAUCGUCUCUACUCUAGCAACGGCUACUCUCUUCCAGCUAGACGGACUUAUCGAUCGUUGCGCCGAGGUAAUGGUGGAGACCACUAACGCUGAGACUGCCGUCCUUUACUACGAAGCCGCCUGUGAGUAUGGUGUGAAACUGGUCAAAAAGACCGCCUUCGGAUGGCUGUUGGUGAAUCUGCUUAGCUUCUACCAUCGUGUGCCCAAGUGGUUGAGUUUAAUAGGCUGCAAGCUGAUGGAGCUGCUGGUAUCUUCCGCGGACCUGUACGUCAUGCAGACGGAGUUUACGCUCUACUCGCUCGUCCGGUACUGGAUGGCGUUAAAGCUAUUCCCUGACGAGUCCGCCGUCGAGGGUGUGGAACAUCCAAAGGAGCGCUACUUCUCCGAGCGGACGAGCUCCAUACCGUUUCUCAACACACCGGAAGGUUCACGUUUCGAGCGCGUCUUUCGUGCGUUGCGGUUACGUAAUCUGCUAAAUCACCACGUGGAUAUUCGUAUCCUUCGUCACGACAACAUCAUUCCCGUGGAUUGGCUGUACAAACCGCUCAUGCAUCAGUGGAACAGUGUGCUCACAAUCGAUCAGUCGCUCGACAAGCAGAUCCAGUGCGAGGACCGCGUCUUCCUCGAGUCAUGCAUCCGGUGCGGUCGAACGCUUCCGGAGAACAUUCCACACAAGUGGCGGUGGACUGGCUUCCACUACGGACUCGAUCUGCUGCUGCUGUCCGACACACGCUCACUGCGAAUCCGACGGCACCAGCGGACGGAGAACGAACGCCUAUUGAGCCUGCGAGUAUCCCGGCAGUUCCUCGUUCGUGUCUCACUUGCCUCGCUGAAUGAACUGCGCCAGAUUAAGCACAUGCAAACGACAUCCAUUCUCUCGAUAUCGCUGGAGAAAAAUGAGGAUGCUCAGCUGGUGGUUUUCGAUCGUGAGCUCACCUUUCCGCUGCUCGUCUCAGUGAAUCUGAUGCUUGUCGCUGCGCCCGAGGAAGCAGACCCCAUUGAAACGGUGAACGAAAGCAAAACCCCGAUCGAAUCCGCAGGCAAUCGUCCACCAGCUGCUGGGUCCUCUCCAGCCACUCUGGCAGUUAGCAGCAAUGGCUCAGUUGAAUCGCUGGACGGCAACGGCGGUAGUGCUUCCACGCAUCGGAUGGCUUUCGUUAACGAAUCCUGAUUGCAGGUGUUGCCCCGGUGACGCGCUCAGCGGAUGAACAACUGCAGCGUACCACUGGAGGCCUAAAAUGUGUGAUGCGUAAGAAAUCGUAUACAGGCGUAAGUGUACUUAGACGGACAAGGCGGAACACAAACUGAUGGCACAAAAUGGAACGAUCAGCAAGCGAACUGUGGUGCCAUUAUGGGGGAGGUAGUAUUUUACAGAAUCAAUUUUUUCGGAUGAACUUAUUAUGUAUGGAUCGAGUUUCGUUUUCAUAGAAAUAAGCAAUGGAAUUUCCUAUUAUUGCAAAGAAGAAUUUCAACGAGGAAAUCAAACGUAUAGAAUUACUAAAGUAUAGAGAGGAUCGAUCUAAAGGGGGUGAUAUUUUCGUGGAAAAUAGAAUACUUUUUUCUCUAGGCUACACACAACGUGUGGGCUUUUUCCACAAUGUUGCCAGAUUGUUGCGUAUACAUAGACGGUACUUUAGAAGCGAAGGGAACCAGAGCAAUGAACACGGUUGAAGAUUCCAUGCCACUGGAAAAUGUGGUUUACUUUCAUAUAACGCUCUCGAUAUCAUCCUUCCUAAUGUAAGCGUGUGGCAAUUUUACACAUGAAUUAACAAUGUAUUUACUACACCCAUACUGAGUAAGGAUGUUAACAUUGUUAGACUUUUCGAAACGGGAAAAUCGAAGAAGUGCAGAGCUACGAUAAGGCGAGAUAAACUAACAGUUAUUGCUAAGUCCUUCAUUGUUUCAAUCCAUAUUUUACUGCAAUGGCUGGUAAACUAGUGUAAGGAAGCGGCAAAACGAAGCCCCGUGUGCGAUCAGGUACAUCUAAUCAUUAGGAAGCUAAGAACUGUGUAACAUCAAGUAAAUCCACCAUCUCCAACAGCUACCCUGGUAGCUCUAGCGUAAUAAAACUCAAUCGCUGUAAAG